UGGCAGUCGACAGGAUGGCGACGCACGGCAAACUCGUCGUGGGCAUCCUCGUCUUUCCGGGCUUUGCGACCUUGGACAUUGCAGGCCCACUUCAGUUUUUCGAGCAGCUCGAAGACGGUAUCGAGACGAUCCUCAUCGCGCGCGAGGCCGGCACCUUGUACUCGCGGCCGCCCACCGGCGGCUGCCCGAUUGUUGCCAGCUACUCGUUUGCGUCAGCGCCAGCGCUCGACGUCCUCCUCGUACCAGGCGGCAAGGGCUGCCGCAGCCUCUUCCACGAUGCUGCCUACCAGGAUUUCAUCAAGCACCACAGCUCCCGUGCGCAGUACGUUCUGAGCGUCUGCACAGGCUCGGGCUUCCUCGCGGCGUGUGGCCUCUUGGACGGAAAGCGCGCGACGACCAACAAGGUCGCAUUUCGCGAGAUUCAAGUGCUCGGUGACGGCCGCGUGCAGUGGGUCAAACACGCGCGCUGGGUCGUCGACGGCAACGUCUGGACGAGCUCGGGCGUCACGGCAGGCAUGGACAUGGUCUGCGCGUUCCUCACGUCGCUUUUUGGACCCGAGCGGCUCCAGAGAAUCUUGAACGUCAUCGAGUACACGCCAGCGACGGACUCUGGCAACGACCCGUUUGCCGUUUUGGCCGAGUCGUAGCUCGACGAUAACGAAUAUGACGCUAUCGGUGGUCGUAACUCUAGCCUACA